GAAUAGAAUGAUUACAGUUAUAAAAACACGUACACAAACUAAAAAGUAAUUAUCAGAAUGCCAAAAAUAGUAACAGUCGGCUUUCUUUUAGUAUUUUGUGCAGUUUUUUUUGACAGCGUUCAAGGACAUGGUUUGCUGAUAGAUCCCCCUAACAGAAGCUCCUUGUGGAGAUUCUUCAGUUACUUGCCGGUAAAUUACAACGAUAACCAAAACUUUUGCGGAGGAUUUGGAGUUCAGUGGUACCAGAACGAGGGUAAAUGUGGUGUAUGUGGUGACAACUACGCCGAUCCACAACCAAGAAAUAACGAAAAUACGGGAACAUAUGGGAACGGGGUAGUUACCGCUCAAUACCUGGCCGGUUCUAUUUUAAAUGUCACCGUUUUAUUAACAGCCAACCACUUAGGAUACUUUACCUACAGUAUAUGCGCCUUGAAGGAUCCCAAUGCCCAUGAGCCUGAAGAAUGUUUCGUUGAUCUACCAUUAAUAGAUGGCACUUACAAGCAUUCAGUAGAUUCCGAAGUGAACAUAUAUGUUAAUCAAAUUCAAUUACCAGCAAAUUUGACUUGUGACAGAUGUGUGUUACGUUGGCAUUAUAAUACAGGAAACUCAUGGGGAUUCUGCAAUAACGGUACUUCUGGUAUAGGUUGCGGACCACAAGAAGUAUUUAGAUCAUGUUCCGAUAUCAGCGUCAUUGAAAGCGACGAAAAUUACGACGGCAAAGUAGUAGAAAACUUCAACGUUAUCUCAUCUAAGCUGAACGCCGUAGCCAAUUCAUUAAGGUAGUCGCAUAUAGCACCCAAUAAUGAAGCAAGAUUAAAGGUGUAGGUAGCUAUAUUAAAUGACAAACGUUAUAAACAGUAAACUCUUGUAUAUAUUAGGUAUUAACUUUUCCGCAGAUAUGAAAUUGUAAAUUUUCUCUAUUUUAUAUGAAUAAACGUAAAAAUGUG